GGCGCGGCGGGUGGGGCGCUGAGCCGUCGCCUGGGCAGCGUGAGGCGCCGCGGCAGGGGAGCGGGAGCCCGGCUGCUCCGUGAGGGGGCCGAGCAACGCGCAGCGGCUUCCCAGUCGAUGUCUGCGGAGCAAGCCUGGCUCCCGCCGCCUGUCUUGGGGCAGGGAGUAACUGAUCUGAGAGCUCUCUUCACCUUGCUUCUGGGAGGAAAGCUGGCGAGGGGCGAGCGGCGUCCCGCUGCAGCCGCGGGAGCGAAGCCGGCUGGGGGCCGCUUUCUCCUCAGGAGCUGCCGUGGCCUGUUGCGUCGUUUAAAAAGGCGCCGAUCAAGUUUCGUGGUUGGAACCCCUGUGAGACUCGGAACACCAGCCAGAAGAACUCAGGAUGAGUAAAACCAAACUUUUUGACGUUCAAAGUCCAUUCUGUGUGCUCUGUGGACGACCAGAUGACUGCCCUAAAAAGUAUGGAGAAAAAAAGACCUAUGCGGAAUAUAAUCUCACUGUUCAUAAUUACUGUUUGCUGAUGUCAAGUGGCAUUUGGCAGAGAGGGGAAGAAGAUGAAGGUGUAGAUGGAUUCUUAAUUGCAGAUAUUAGAAAAGAAGUGACUAGAGCUGCAAAACUGAAAUGUAAUAUCUGUAGGAAAAAGGGUGCUUCAAUUGGAUGUGUAGCUCCCAAAUGCAAACGAAGUUACCAUUUUCCUUGUGGGUUAGAAAAGGAAUGUAUUUUCCAGUUCAUGGAAAACUUCAGAUCCUACUGUUGGGAACAUAAACCAGUCCAAAAGCUUCUGAAUAAAGAAUCUGGAGGAACUUCACAGUGUACAAUAUGCCUGGAUUUAGUUGAACAGCUUCCAGCGUACACUGUACUGAAAAGCCCUUGCUGUAAAAAUGCUUGGUUUCAUCGAGAAUGCUUGCAGUAUCAAGCUUUGAGUGCUGGGAUAUUUUUCUUUAGGUGCACAGUAUGUAACAACAAGGACAAAUUUCAGAAAGAAAUGUUGAGAAUGGGCAUACACAUUCCAGAAAAGGAUGCAUCUUGGGAACUUGAAGAGAAUGCAUAUCAGGAUCUACUGCAGUGUUAUCAACACUGUGACAGUAGAAGAUGUCUCUGCAAGAAAGGCAGAGACUAUAAUCAACCUGAUAGUAAAUGGGAAAUAAAGCGCUGUCAGUAUUGUGGCUCUCGUGGAACUCAUUUGGCCUGUUCAGCUGUGAAGUCAUGGGAGCUAAACUGGGAAUGCAUGGAAUGCAGAAGUAUCAUUUCAAAAUCAGGGAACUAUAGGAAACGGAAGAAGCAUCCUUUGGCUACCUCUGAAAAGACAGAUGGGACAAGUUGUUUGCUGGAAGAACCAUCUCCAAAGUGCCCUCGGCAGUCAGCUGGGUCGCGACGCAGUUUUCUUCAAUCACCAAAGAUAACGUGCCGGAACAAUUUGUCACCCUGCUCACACCUACAGCUUCCAGCAUCCAACAGAGUGACGAUGCCCUUAUCUCCACUGAUGUCAAACAGGAACUGGUCCCUGAGGAAAAAGCAAUUAGGAAAGCAAAGAAGGCAAGUUUCUAGUAUACUGAAGGAGUUAAAGCUACAAGUUAAUACAAAAACUACAAGGCUUAACAUCAAUCCAGGAAAUAUCUGGAAUAGUGCUUUAAAGGGAUUUAGACAGCGCAACUUCAAUCCUACAGAAACCAUUGAAAUAAAGUUCACAAACUGGAAAAACAGAUUGAAGACAGAUAUUUCUGCAUCAAAGCACCGUUUCUUCCAAUUAUUAAUGCUUCACCUUGAGAAUUCAUCAUUGUUUGAGGGCUCCUCUGCAAAGAACUUGUCCCUUGAUUUUCAAGCUGUAAAAGAGAAUCUUUAUUUUGAAGCUGGUAAAAUGAUUGCAGUUUCUCUGGUUCAUGGUGGCCCAUCUCCUGGUUUCUUUUCCGAAACACUGUUCAAUUGUCUGGUAUAUGGUCCAGAGAAUGUGAAGCCAGCUUUGGAAGAUGUUGCUGAUGUUGAUGUAGCAGAAACAAUAAAAAUGAUAAAACACGCAAACAGUCUGUCCAGCCUACAGUCUACGGUUCAAGACUGUUACAAAUUCCUUGCUGCUGCUGGAUGUUUAAGACCUGUAACAGCUUUGUGUGAUAAGAAUAAGCUGGUGGAUGACCUGUUGAUCCAUCAUGUAAUCAAGAGAAUUAUUUCACCCCUAGAAAGUUUUAGGCAAGGUUUGGAAACCCUGGGUGUACUAGAGAAAUUUCAAAUGCACCCGGAUGUGUUCUCUAGUAUAUUGUGCCACAAACCUGAAAGACUUUCAGCAGAAGUUCUUUGUGAUCUCUUUACAAUCCAUUCCUCAUCAGAUGUAAAUGAAGUUGAAGGUGUCGAUUUUUGGAUACAUUAUUUGCAAGAUGUGGAAAGUCGUGAGUCUGUAGUGACAUUGGAGGAUGUUUUGUUCUUUGCAACAGGCUCUUUUUCUGUACCACCUGUUGGUUUUGAUCCUGAACCUGCUAUUAAAUUUUUGCAUAGAAGGUAUCCUGUUGGAAACAGACUCCUUAAUUGCCUAGAGCUCCCUAUAACACAGACGUAUGAACAGUUUAAAAAGAUAAUGGAGCUCACAAUCAGAAAAACACUAAGAGGUGGAAGUGAAUAAAUAUUUUUUGCUUCUCAACUGGAUGUUGGAAGCUUCAGUUUUCUACAGGAACAUCUGCUUGCAAAUGGCUACCGUAUUUUUGGACAGUAUGCUUAGUUUUUUCCCACUUUCCCCCCCAGAGAUAUGCUAGAAGUAGCAAUCUUGUAUUUCAAUUUGAAAAUUGUUUUCAAUCAUACUUUUAUGUGUUGAAUCAUCUUCCUAUUUGAAGGUGACAUUGAGUCAGCAAUUACUUGCAGAAGUUCUUCAAAAUGUCUGCGUGUCUUUACUUUUGCUGUGGACACAUUAAAUGUUACCAAACUCUGUAACAUUCUAGCUAUUUCCCACAGGUAAGUAUGUUGAUUGUAUUAUAUACUUCAGAAACUUAGUUAUCAAAGUAAAAUCGGGUACAUUUUGAAGAUAACUGCUGUAGAGCUUCCUCUCAAGUAAAACUGUGAUGGAGUUCAGUUUUUCCAUGUAUAAUUUUUCAGUAAUUAUUUUUAUAUUGAUGAUUCAGUUACAUGUUGAUAAUUCAUACAAACCUGUGAAAAUUAAGAAACUUAAGUGUUUUACAGUCAUUGUGAUUAGUGUAGUAAAAUAUAAUUAAGCUUUGGAGAAAAGCUAGGCAAAAUAAGAAGGCACAAGAACAAAAUCUGGUUGAACUUGAGUUUCUAUUAAACAAAAUCUUGGACAUUUGCACACAUUUCUGCAUUCUACUGCUAUACGUGAUUUUUAAAUUAUCCAUAUAGCAAAAAAUACUAAAAAUUAGAAGUAAGUCUUGACAACAAUAAGUGGUCUUUCAAAAUGUAAUAGAAGAGUUAAUAUUGUUGAGUAUGAAAGUAUAAGAAUUUGUUGUUCAUUAGAACACAUUACUUUAUGGAAGACAAAAGUUACUAUUUUCCUAGGAAUAUGCACCAAAACUGUUUGGUGAACUAAAGGCAAUCUACCAUCGAGCUUGUCAAUGCUUCACCCUUCUCUAGCUUUUAGCCUAAACAUUUCCUGUUCAAUUGUAGGUGCAUUCUGAGGAAUGCCAACUGUAUAAAAUACAUUUCAGUUGUGCAGUAUUUGUAUAAAUACCAUUAAGACAUAAAAAGAGGAGUGAAAUUCCUACACAGUAACUUACCAAUAUUAGUAAUACUAAAACUAUGAAACUAAAAGGACAUUUAAGUACACUUUUUUAAUGUAUACAAGUCUCUUUUUUGAAAUUACUACCCCCCCUGUCAGUUUGGCCACCUAUGCUAUGUCCCAAACAUGGGAUGUGCUAUAGAUGUAUAUAGAUAGGUAUCUAUAUGUAUAUACCCACAUUCUUCAAAAUACUGCAAAGUAAUCAUAUAUUUUUUGUUGUUAAUAUAGCUUGGAUUUAAUUGAAAACACAAGCAGGAUUGCUUGACUUUUGAAUGCCUUGGCAAGAAAGUACAUCCACAGUAAACUAUAAACGGACAGGUGCUUCUAAAAAAAGCAAACUGAUCUGGUUUCAGGUUCUCGUUUAUGGUUCAUUGCAAGUAUUCCUCUAACAAAUUGUAUUAUGAAAUGCUAACUAUAUAGCAGCAUGCUGCAACUCACCUUUAGUAGCAGUCAAGACUCAGAAAUUUGAGACCAUGCUAUAAAUGGUUAUAUACAGAGGGAGAUGUGUAUUUAAAUUACACAGUUAAUUUAACAAUAGGUAGGUAUUUUGAAUUCUUUCUUAAACUGCUACACUUUCUCUUUCUUUCUUGCUCUUGGGAAAGGUGCUAAUCUUUUUUUUUAUACAGACCUAUUUCCAUCUCUGGGUAACAAAAAAUGCAUGGCAUUUUAAUUUUUUUUAUUAUUAUUAUUUCAAAGUCUCUAAAUUAUUGUAAGGCUUGGAUGAGAUUGGACUUAGCAGAUUUGAAAAUAAUGAAAAAUGCCUGAUCUAAGUCCUGUCACUAGAAACUUAAGAAUAUUUGGAAUUAAGGCACAGCUAGUAGUGUUUUUCUGGUUCUGAGCCAAAGGCAUAUUAAAGUCUCCUUUAAAAUAAAUGUAUGAGCUCUUGGUGAAUGUAACUUGACUUGUUUAGAUACUAAGCAUUUUCUCAUUCUCUUCUGACAUUUUUUCCUCCAAUAAUAUUCCAUGUUUGUAAUCUGCAUAAUCUUUGAAUGUCACGCUGCCAAUGACUUCUUUAUAUUGGUACCCUUCAGAAUGGUCUAUUAUCAUUGCAAGGAAGGUGGUUUGUUACAAAUUUAUUUGCAUUAUAAGGAUUUGUGUUGUAUGUUCAUAUUUUUAAAAUAUAGCAAUAAGUCUCCUACAGAUAGAGUUACUAUACUCUAGAAACGAAUGGUGUACCCAGUACAGUAUUCCUUUUUCUUGCCUGGUUAGAGGUAAAUGUCUUCUAUAAUAUUAUUUUCUUUUUCCGCAUAGGAAGUACAGAACUUACAGAGGUAGCAAGCAGUGUGUUGAUAAUUUUAAGGGAUAAUUCUUGGACUUCUGGUACCUGCAGUGGCAAGGGAAAUUUGUUUAGAAUAGAACUUGGAACUAAAUAAACAGCAUUUUAAAACGUUUAGCGGAGAAAGAAAUAAUGAAUUAAUGUGAAUAUAGGGCUUCAAGAACUGAGAUAAAAAUAAGCUUCACACCUUGUAUUGCUUAUUAGUUUUGAAAUCAGCAGUUCAUGGGCUUUAAAGGUAGAACUAACCUAUCCAUCAGCUCUAAGAACUGUUUUAAAACUAUCUGCUAUGCAGUGCUAUAUCGAACUUUGGACUUUGUACAACUUUGUAAAAUCCUCUACUCUCUAACAUUGCUUGAAAAGAUUUUUCUUACACAGAACUUGUUCCCAUUUUUUAAUACUUAUCUGUACACAUUCAGGACAAGUUGUCUUUCUUGUCCGUUUGAUCAGCUUUAUCUAGACAUCGUAAUCUUUUGUUCAAGCUGUACUCAUAAAUGCUACUAUGGAGAGGAACUUCCUCUAUUCUGCUUAGUUUCAAUGUUUAUUUAUAUAGACCAAUCCUAAAUUUACCUGUAACUAUUCAUUAAAUUUCCAUUGAAUAAGUGGAUUUCCAAUCCAUCAAAACAGAAAGGUGCCUCUUGUCCGGAAACCAUAAGAGCAAUUUCUGUAGCUAUAAUGACAGUCAGCUUUUUAAUUGCUGUAGGCAGGUCACUGAAGUGCAGUAUUAUUGGGUAGUUUUCAUUUUACAGAAACUUAAACCUGAGGCACACCUGGAAAUUAAGAAAGUUGCUUACUUUCAGUAUUUCUGUAACAAAGGAAAAUAACUGCAUAUACAUUAGCUGUAUUAAAUAUAUUUUAUAAAAUUUGUCAGGGCCACAAGAGAACUAUGGCAGACUGGUCUGUAUCUGGCCAGAGAACUUCACCCCACAGUUACCAGAUCAAACCCUAAGGUUCCAUCUGGAAUUAGCAUGUCAGAUAAGCUAUUUAUUUUCUAGAGCGAUCGCUUUCUAUAAACAAUAGAUGACUGUUAGUGGUUUUAGUAUGGUCUCCCUAAUAAAUACUUUUUUAACAAUUGUAUUUUCUAUCUGUUUGGGAAAAAAAAAAGAAAUUUUUUACUCGCUUUCACACAUGCAAAGGAUGUUUAUUAGAAAAAGCUGUUAACAUUUUUAACUGCUUUAUGAGUGAAAUGUACAUAGUCAAGAGGAGAAGAAAUUAAUACCAGUUUAUACUUAAGGUCUAAAUCAUCAUGUGCUGCACCUUUGACUUUUUUCAUUAAGAUGUUCAGUCUUGGGAUUGAAAGAUGAGGAUUUUGAGAGAGGUACGUUUAAAAUGUAAAGCAGAGCUUUAGUCAUUAAUUCACACAUUCUGUCUGCCUUUUGAAAAUGGUAUCAAAAAUUUCUCAUUGAAAUACAAGGAAAUGCAACUCCGGAGACUACAAAAUACGCUUUUAAAGUUUAUCUUGAUUCUGUAUUCUAUAGUAAAGCAUUUUAAAGCUCACGCUUUACUGUUAAGGAAGUGAAUUGCUAGUUGGAUAAAAGAAAUCAAAAUGCAAACAUUUCUGAAAUGUCGAACUACAUGUAUACAGAAAAGAAUUGUCAAAAUAUUGUUUGAAGAAAACCAAACCUUCUGAUUUUUUGUACUGCAAGCCAAUGUUUUUUAAAGUUAUGGUAAUUAGAACAUUUUGCAAGAAAGUAUAAUUCUGUAAAUACUUCUAGCUCUAACUUGAACUGCAGGAUCAGUGCAUGAAAGGUUGCAUCUUUGAGCAACGUUAUACUUGACAGAUGUAGCAUCAGUGUUGAAAUAAGUAAUUGUGGGAAAUCAUUGCACUUUGAACAUAUCCAUGACAGUAAAGUGUUAAAUGUCUGCUUCAGUAAAUAUGUAACUUUGGA